GCGUAUUCAAAUAGUUAUAGCGAGUUUAGUAACUAAUGCGAGUGCCUGUGGGACUCACAACACUAAUUAUGGACAUUUUAAGAAGGAAUAUUUACGGCAUUGACCGACAGAGGGCAGAUAAGAUAGAAUUCGUCAGGUCUAAAGAGAUACCGCAAAACUAGUGAAGAAGACAUGGAACUAGUCUCAUUUCACACUACUCGUCUAUAACACCUACUAAUAACAACUUAAUACCAUGAUGUUUGGUGUUGGUUAAACGGUUAAUGACCGCUUGUGUAGAAAGGAAGCGGCAGACGACACCCAGACAGGUAAUUGAUUGAGUCGGAACCUGAGUAGACUGUGAUGGGGACCGCUAGCAUGUGUUAGCCACGGCAGGCUAGUAUUAAGAGAGGACACUGGAGCCAUGGCAGCUGCACAUUCUGUGCUAACGUUUGCAGUGUGCGUCCUCGUGAUAACAGAGCUGAUACUUGCCAAGAAGGACUACUAUGACAUACUGGGAGUGCCUAAAGGGGCCACAGAGCGCCAGAUAAAGAAGGCUUUCCACAAGCUUGCAAAGAAAUAUCACCCAGAUAAGAACAAGAGCCCUGAUGCUGAAGUGAGAUUUAGGGAAAUUGCUGGAGCUUAUGAAACUUUAUCAGAUGAGGCAAGAAGAAGCGAGUAUGAUCAGUUCAGGGACACUGACGCGUACUUCGAUGGGGAGACGCAAGGCAAACACAGACAAGGUGCCCACCAACCUUUCACCUUCAGUUUUGAUGACAUAUUUAAGGACUUUGACAUCUACAGCCAGAACAGACACGCCCGUCACCGAAGACACUUUGAUGAACACUCCAGGUCCCACAGCAGACAUAAAAGACACUUUCAAGGUGGUUUUGGAGCCGGGGUUAUCAAUGAUAUGUUUGAUGAUAUUGAGAGAAUGUUUACUUUUGACAGACACACCAAACAGACUGAAAACCGGUUUCAUGGUACGUCGAAACAGCACUGUAGAACAGUAACGCAACGCAGAGGUAAUAUGGUAACUACUUACACAGACUGCACUGCAUCAUAGGGUGCAAUGUAAAUGGCUUAAAAAAAUGCCUUAAAAGCAUACAACAUAUUUGUAUUUUUCAAGUUGAAGAAAGCCAGUUGGUUCAAAAUACUGUGAAGCGUGAACAUUUGUGUUAAGCACUGACAUUCAGGAAUGACAGGCACUGAAUAAACAGGCAAUUUAGCUUAGUUUUAAAAUGAAAUAAGCUAUCUUUUUCCAACAUAUUUCCAGCAUAUUUUCACUUGUGAGUGAUUGUUGUAGUUUUUUGCUUAGUGGUGAAGUAAGCAGUUUUGUCAGUAUUUUUUCCAAGCACCUUCUUUUGAUAAUGAAGUUUAAAAACAUUAUCUUGUUACAAUUGUGGAAAAAUAAAUAACAUAAAAUUUAAGAAAAAAAUAUAUGUUGCUCAAUAUUGCACAGAAAUGUAUGUGUUACGAGUUCGCCUACCACUAUUUUGUACAGGUUCUUUGUAAAGGGUUUGUUAUUUUAACUCCACAAUCACAUAUACUGGCAGAAACAGUGGCAGCCAGCAGUGUUUUGCUUGCAGCUGUCAAAUGAGCAGAAACAAAAAACCUGUAAACCUCCACAUGUUGGUUUGUCUAACUUGUGUUUUGGAGUUUUUACUUGAAAUAAUAAAAUAUUCUUGUACUCUACAAUGCUGGACCUUUUAUGAACACUAUGAUCAUGAAAUUACAGCCAGUUCAACAUGAAAGAAAUUGGUUGAUAGCUGGAAAGCCAAAAAUACAAGUAAGAGGAUUGUUUGGGACUUGGAUUUAAGUGGAAAUUGCUUCAUCUAUGUUAAUGUUUCAAGCCUCAAGAUAAUUUGUCAGAUACAAAUGAUGUUGAUUCAAAUAAAAUAUGUUUCACAAAGGU